GCCAGUUCCUCUGAAAUGAGAUUUAUUUCAUUGAACAAGUCUGCGCCGUCCCUAACUCAUAUUUAUCACAAACUUUGCCUCCUAGGUAAUGCGCACGCGCCCCUCGCUCUGUUUGCCGUUGGCCUUAAGCCCCGCCCCUUACGCGUCCUUCGAGGCUGGUUGCGAGCCGCAAGCCUGCGCGACCCCUCUUCCCUCAGUCUUCUCCAGCACCUCGUCGCAAACGGGGCCGGAAAGCGUGGCAGCGCAGGCGCAAGCGCAGAGAGCGGAGGCGGUCGUGGUGGCGGCCGCUGGCCAGUUCCUUCAGUGAAUCUACAGACCUAUUUUCUCGGGAACUCAGCCUGGCCUUACUUCAGUGAUAAAAGGAGGAAAGGAAGCCUGUCUAGCAGUCCAGAGGAGAUGUCUGGAGCUGAAGAGGGGAGGGAGACAUCUUCAGGCAUUGAAGUGGAGGCAUCAGACCUGAGUUUGAGCUUGACUGGGGAUGAUGGUGGCCCUAACCGCACCAGCACAGAAAGUCGAGGCACAGACACAGACAGCUCAGGUGAAGACAAGGACUCGGACAGCAUGGAGGACACUGGCCAUUACUCUAUUAAUGAUGAAAACCGAGUCCAUGACCACUCAGAGGAAGAGGAAGAAGAAGAGGAAGAAGAACAGCCUCGACGCCAUGUACAGCGCAAACGUGCUAACCGUGACCAGGACUCAUCAGAUGAUGAGCGGGCUCUAGAGGACUGGGUGUCCUCAGAAACAUCAGCCCUACCCCGACCUCGCUGGCAAGCCCUUCCUGCCCUUCGGGAACGGGAGCUGGGUUCAAGUGCCCGCUUUGUAUAUGAGGCUUGUGGGGCAAGAGUCUUUGUGCAGCGUUUCCGCUUGCAGCAUGGGCUUGAGGGCCAUACUGGUUGUGUCAAUACCCUGCACUUUAACCAGCGCGGCACCUGGCUGGCCAGUGGCAGUGAUGACCUGAAGGUGGUGGUGUGGGAUUGGGUGCGGCGGCAGCCAGUACUGGACUUUGAGAGUGGCCACAAAAGUAACGUCUUCCAGGCCAAGUUCCUUCCAAACAGUGGUGAUUCUACCCUAGCCAUGUGUGCCCGUGAUGGUCAGGUUCGGGUAGCAGAGCUAUCUGCCACACAGUGUUGCAAGAAUACAAAACGUGUGGCCCAGCACAAGGGAGCAUCCCAUAAGUUGGCCCUGGAACCAGACUCUCCCUGUACGUUCCUGUCUGCAGGUGAAGAUGCUGUUGUCUUCACCAUAGACCUGAGACAAGACCGCCCUGCUUCGAAACUGGUGGUGACAAAAGAAAAAGAAAAGAAAGUGGGGCUGUAUACGAUCUAUGUGAAUCCUGCCAAUACCCACCAGUUUGCCGUGGGCGGGCGAGAUCAGUUUGUAAGAAUUUAUGACCAGAGGAAAAUUGAUGAGAAUGAGAACAACGGAGUACUCAAGAAAUUUUGUCCCCAUCACCUGGUGAACAGUGAGUCCAAAGCAAACAUCACCUGUCUUGUGUACAGCCACGACGGCACAGAGCUCCUGGCCAGUUACAAUGAUGAAGACAUUUACCUCUUCAACUCUUCUCACAGUGAUGGGGCCCAAUAUGUUAAGAGAUAUAAGGGCCACAGAAAUAAUGCCACAGUAAAAGGCGUCAAUUUCUAUGGCCCCAAGAGUGAGUUUGUGGUGAGCGGUAGUGACUGUGGGCACAUCUUCCUCUGGGAGAAAUCAUCCUGCCAGAUCAUUCAGUUCAUGGAGGGGGACAAGGGAGGCGUGGUGAACUGUCUUGAACCCCACCCUCACCUGCCUGUGCUGGCAACCAGUGGCCUAGACCAUGAUGUGAAGAUCUGGGCACCCACAGCUGAAGCUUCCACUGAGUUGACUGGGUUAAAGGAUGUGAUUAAGAAGAACAAGCGGGAGCGGGACGAAGAUAGCUUACACCACACCGACCUGUUUGAUAGCCACAUGCUCUGGUUUCUCAUGCAUCACCUGAGACAGAGACGCCAUCACCGGCGCUGGCGAGAACCUGGGGUUGGGGCCACAGAUGCGGACUCUGAUGAGUCUCCCAGCUCCUCAGACACAUCGGACGAGGAGGAGGGCCCCGACCGUGUGCAGUGCAUGCCGUCCUGAGGCCUCAUACCUAGGUGGGCCGGGCUGGGGCUACCCACCCGAUCCUGCCUGGGCAACCCUUUCCUGUCCCAGGCCCUUAUGUUCAGCAGAAACGCACUUUGGACUUUUUGCUUUAGAUAAAAGAAGGACAUCCCAGGAGAAAGACAAACCAGAAGGGAAUGAACCAACAGAGAGUACCUAGGAGUGGGAGUUGAGCCCUGCAAUGGGGCUCAUGGAGAGGCGCACAGGACUCAGCAGAAAUGGCCUCUACUCAAAGCCUCUUUUUGGUGGGGAGAGGGGAGCCUAUUUUGUUAACUGGUUUGGGAUAGGGAAUGGGGUUUCUUUUUCUUUAAUCUCCCUUGUUUCACUUGGGCAGGGGGUUGGGGGGAACAACUGACUAUUCAGUACCAAGGGGCCAGAGUGGGGGAUAGAAGUGCCACUCUCUCUUUGGUUUACAUUUUUGACCUUUUUUUUUCCCUUUGUUUUUUAAAAGUCUAUGACAGUUUCAUCACCCUUCCCUCCAGCAACCCUAUCCCAGGAUCCAGUUUUUCUGGGAAGUCCUUAGAGUCCUUGAACAUCACUCUUCACUUUCCUUUCCACCUCAUUUAUUCUCUGUACUCACCACAGUGUUUUGCACUUGAUUAUGUAUCCUUCACUCUCUUCUCGUCAUCCCAUCACCCCCUCAGUAGGUUAGGUGAGUGAGGUUGGGGAGAGGUGGGAGGAGGGGCUGAGGUGGAGGAAGAAUAGGAAGGAUGUUACCUCUUCUAUUAUUUAAGAAAAAAAGUUUGGUGGCAGCAAUCUCCCUGUCCCUAUCACUGUUAGAGGCCUAAUUUUAUAUCUAUAAAUAUAUUAAAAAGCAAGUCAAACUUGGAUGUAUCAAGGUAAAAUUGUCAAAGUUUAAAUACCUAUAUAUUCUCUGUGAAUGCAAUAAAGGGACUGAA